AGGCGGCCGCGGUUCAGUCUCGGGCUGUAGGGCGAGGCGGGUGUCUGGAAGCAGUCAUCGCCCAGGUGACAGGAGGUCGGGGAGGUGCCGCCGGGCCUCGUGGGGUGCCAGGCCCGCCCGCUGCAGCCCCCGGGCCCCGCCGCCUCCCUAUCCCUGCCCCCGGGUGGAACCGAAGAAGGUCAGGUCCGCCGCCCCGCCUGUCCUCGCCUUAGGGCGGACGCUGUGUGUGGGUGGCUCACUGUUUAACAUUGACUUCACCCAAGUGCAUUCUCCAUGGCGGCCUCGCAGGUCCCGGGGGAGAAGGUUAACAUCCAGGCAGGAGAGACGGCCAAGGUCGGGGACAGGGACCUGCUGGGGAACGGCUGUCCGCAGCAGGACAGACCACCGCAGCGCUCGUGGAGGCAGAAGUGCGCCUCCUAUGUUCUGGCCCUGCGGCCCUGGAGCUUCAGUGCCUCACUCACCCCGGUGGCCCUGGGCAGUGCCCUGGCCUACAGAUCCCAGGGCGUCCUGGAUCCCAGGCUACUGGUGGGUUGUGCCGUAGCUGUCCUCGCUGUGCACGGGGCUGGCAAUUUGGUCAACACUUACUACGACUUUUCCAAGGGAAUUGACCACAAAAAGAGUGAUGACAGGACGCUGGUGGACCGAAUCUUGGAGCCCCAGGAUGUCGUCCGGUUUGGAGUCUUCCUCUACACCUUGGGCUGUGUCUGUGCUGCUUGCCUCUACUACCUGUCCCCUCUGAAACUGGAGCACUUAGCUCUCAUCUACUUCGGAGGCCUGUCUGGCUCCUUUCUCUACACAGGAGGAAUUGGAUUCAAGUACCUGGCUCUGGGAGACCUCAUCAUCCUCAUCACUUUUGGCCCGCUGGCUGUGAUGUUCGCCUACGCCGUCCAGGUGGGAUCCCUGGCGGUCUUCCCGCUGGUCUACGCCAUCCCCCUCGCCCUUAGCACCGAGGCCAUCCUCCAUUCCAACAAUACCAGGGACAUGGAGUCUGACCGGGAGGCUGGCAUCGUCACGCUCGCCAUCCUCAUUGGCCCCACUCUCUCCUACAUGCUCUACAACACGCUGCUCUUCCUGCCCUACCUGAUCUUCAGCAUCCUGGCCGUGCACUGCAGCAUCAGCCUGGCACUGCCCCUGCUCACCAUUCCCAUGGCCUUUUCCCUUGAGAGACAGUUCCGAAGCCAGACUUUCAACAAACUGCCCCAGAGGACUGCCAAACUCAACCUUCUGCUGGGCCUCUUCUAUGUUUCCAGCAUCAUUCUGGCACCAGCAGGCAGUCUGCCCAAACUCUAAGGGGACCAGUAGCCGCACCCCACAACAUGUCCCCCUUUCUUAGAAUGUGUUGAAGGCAGAGUGGCUGAGGAGGGAAGGUGAUUUGGCAGUGAGGGGCUUAAGGAUGGCUUGUGAACGCCAACCUU